CUGAAUAAUAUUAGCAUGUUUUACACUAAUUUAUGUUCGUAUAUAUGCUAUAUUCAUGUUAAUAUUUUACAGAGUAAACAUUUUCGUGCUAAAGAACAUGAAAUACCCAAAGAUAUAUGGGAUGAUAACAAGGAUCCAAAAUAUACUGGAUAUGAAGAAGUUAAGGGACACUGGCAAUAUGUUGAGCAAUUAUUUCCCAAAUUAAGAAUACCAACUCCUCCUAAAAAAGUGUCAAGCACAGGUUGGAAAGCACCCUCAGAAACUCUACCUAAUGUUCCAUAUAAUGUUGGAAGGACUAGAAAUCAUAUGUUACCAGUUUAUGAAGAUCUUGAAACUAAACAUCGAUUUUUUACAACUAGAGUUAAAAAUGUAAAUGGUGACAUAUAUGUAAGUGUUUUGUCAGAUCAUUUAUUUUAUUUUUAAGCACCUGAGAAAAUAUGUUUAAUUAAUCUGUUACUGUUGCUCCGUGGACUUGUUAUGUCCACGGAGGAGACAAAAACUAGUUCUUGAAUUUUACUGAUUUUUAAUUUUAAAGUUACAAAAAUGGGACAGUUCUUUUUAUUAAAUAUACUAUUUUUGGAAUCUAAAAUUCAUCUAUC